AUGCAAAAGUCUUGUGAAGAAAAUGAAGGAAAAGCACAGAACAUGCCAAAGGCUGAGGAAGACUGCCCUAUGGAAGCUGUACCACAGGAGGCAGAAAGAAAUCCUCAACCUUCUGAAGAAGGUGUAAGCCCGGAAGUAGAAGGAAACCUUAGAGGAGGGCUGACUCAGCCUGGUCAGGGAUAUAAAGAGGACACUCCGGUUAGACAUUUGGACCCAGAAGAAAUGAUAAGAGGAGUAGAUGAGUUGGAAAGGCUUAGGGAAGAGAUAAGAAGAGUAAGAAACAAGUUUGUGAUGAUGCAUUGGAAACAAAGACAUUCACGCAGCCAUCCUCAUCCUGUGUGCUUUAGGCCUUGA